AUGACGUGGUACUCACUGCUUCCACCAGGGCUAACAGCGUUCGAAGCAUGGUUGGUUCGGGUAUUCAUCUUUCUAGGCACAAUCAUAAUCGCCCCUUGGGCUUUCCUAAUUCUUUACGACAUACUGCUGUACAUCUGGCGUGCCUGCACCUAUGAGAUCCCCAUCAUCGGCGGCAGGGCGAGGGGGAGACAGAGGCCCCAAGCUCCGAGUUUCAGUGAGAGACCUGAUGGAAGGAGGAGGACAUUUAGUUUGAGAGGUUCGACACAAGAUGGACAGGGCGAGAAUGAGCAGUUGGGAAAUAGCGAUGAAGAAUAUCGAAGUCCCUUUGAGAUUAAUUCUCCUGGCGAUGGCAUCGUAGGUGAGGAUGAUGCUUUUGGGGAUGCUGGGAAAGACAAUGAGAAAAGGCAAGGGGUUGGGGUUGGGGUUGGGGUUAGAUAUAGGAAACUGUAUGCGGAACCAGACGAAAUCGACGGUGAUGGAGGAAGCUAG